UGUUUGAGUUUGAGCUCGUUCCCCACAGUUGGGUUCCAUACGUCCAGAUGGGCUUCAGCAUGAUUUUGUAAACCAAUAGCGUCCAUUUGUCUAUAGCCUCUAAUUUGCAACACUUGUUUUACACUUCAAUAUAUUCUUUAACAUUACACCGCAUCAGCACUAGUAAAGACAACACCACACGCCGAGGAGGAAACACAAGCCAGGAGAAAAUGCCGACUUCAAGUUUGCACCUCACACUAAAGGUUGUGGUCAGAUUGCUGACUGUCUACUGGUUGCUGACAUGCACUUCCUGUUCUCAAAAUAACUUCGUAAGUUCCGGUAUUGGACUUAUCGAAUUUCCAACAUGUCUUCAAGAGAAUACAAUUGAACUCGAUCUCUCUAAUAACAGUAUUACGAUAGUUGAUAGAGAUGAUUUGAGCAAACUGAAGAAAGUGAAAGUAAUCGAUUUGAGCUAUAAUAAGAUAAAAAGUGUACAUGAGGAUGCGUUUGAACACGUAGGUGACUUGGAAAUGCUGAAUCUGUCACAUAACUGCAUUUUUAAUUUGUCAUCAAAUAUAUUUCACAGUAACAAGAAACUCACAAAAGUUCAUCUAAAUAAUAACAAGUUACAAGUUUCGAGAAAUUUUCGGUGGAAAGAGCACAUACUGCAAUCAACAUCUGUGACUCAUCUAGACGUAUCUUUUUGCAACAUCGCUGCCAUUUCAAGUAAAACUUUCAGUGGUCUGCCAAACCUGGAAAUGCUGAACAUCGAUGGGAACCCUUUAACAGAAUUUGAUGUUGAAUUUAUACAACCUCUUAACAAUCUGAAAAUAAUGCAUAUGCAAUUCUUCAAUUCUUCUACAUUCGAAAAGUUCUGCAAUCAUUUAAUGAAUCAUGGAAAACUGACUUUAUCGCCUCCUUGUCCUUCUGCAUCUACAACCAGACUCACAGAUCGUGAAGAGGCAGAUCUCAAAAUUUUAACAGUAGGUACUAUAAUGUGCGCCUGCGCAUUUCUUAUUACAGUAAUUGUGUAUCUUCUCACUACCAGAUGCAAAACUCGGACAUCAAAUGCGGUAGACACUAAGGAACAUGAUUCAGAAAACACAAUCCAACAACGUCGACUGCCAAAACCAGCUGAGCCAAAUGAAGGAUAUGAAAUCCCCACGUCGCCCAGAUAUGGUUGGUUUUCAUCAAUUUGUCAUAACAGACGAGUAAAGAGGAAGACUGGGUACACCUCUGUUCCCUUGGAGAAUACUGGAGAUGUCAACAGAAGAGCCGUUUCUGAUAAAGACGGCGUUUUAACGGGAACAAAUCCUGGCUCACUACACAGUCUUUCGUGUAGAACCGUUUAUCUAGAUGGCAUAAUUUAUCCAAAGCCCAGUCAGGUUAAUUCACAUCCAGAAAGCAACGUAGAUAAAUAUUCGACAGUGUUGGCGGAAACGGAAACCUAUUCAGUUCCAAAAAUCCCCCCAUUACCCAAACAACACCAAUCACCACACAUGCGCACUAUUUUCAAUGCAGAGGUGUUAUCUGAGAGCCCACCUGGACCGAACCAAAUGAUAGGAUCUGGGUCACCUGCCAGACGUUCUGAAUAUCAGAAUAUAUCUUCGUCUUCAGUUCCCCCAGAACCGACCUGGGUUUUUGACGAACCACAAGUAAACAACACGGAAGCUAGUGUUAAUGGAUCAGAAAUUGUGUUUGUGUCGUCGACUUUUAUUGAGAUAGGACAACAUUAAUGAUCAACUGUCCAAAUACACUCCACAAUAGAUGAAACUAAACAAAUCCUUAAAGAAUCGAAGGCUCUUCUUGUUCCUCUCAGAUCUUUGGAAAGUAAUAAGAUGAAAACGUAAAGCUAUGCCUGUAACAGGCCGUGGAUACCCAUAGGUUUGAGAGACGUCGAGGCUCCAAUAUUUUUCUAGACAAUUGGUUCAUAGGUUGUGGUGAGGUUGUCAGCCUUUCGCACCGGCCAGCCGGCCUGUGUCCGCCCUUUGCCCCCAGGAAUAUUCCUGGUACAAAUUUCUGAGGCUGAAUUGACAUCGGUACCAUAGCGCGGCCGAAAGGAUUAGGCCAUUGGAAAAUCCAAUGACCUCAUCGGGAAUCGAACCCGCGAUCUUCCGGCUUGUAGCACACUGCCUCAACCACCUACUAUUUCAAAUUGUACUCCAAAGAGUGAAAUUAGAAACAUACAUUCGUAAGUCGUGAGAUCUGAGUUUCUGACGGCGAUGUCUCUGAAGGUCACUUUCUUCUGGGACAUGACGCCGUGUAGUGUUGUAGAUCGGUACCAGCGUUUCGGGAGAAAUUUGUUACCUCCAACUUCAUGGAAAAUGAUGGGGAUAGCAUAGCCUGCGAAAUGUUAGUAACGGUCAACUAGACUACAUGGCGUCAUGUUCCGGAAAAAAUAAUUUUUAUUCGUCAGGCUAUCGAAAUAAUUACUCGUACAUUACAAUAUUGCAUUUUGUUGUGGAAGGUGAUCGCAGUACUGACACUCAGUUUAUAUCAAAUUCUCUCAAAUUCCUUUAUUCAGAUCGCAAUGCCAAGUUUCAUGAAAAAUCGAUCAGUAUAUUUCUAUAUUCUGGACCUUAACGCCACGAACUCUGCUCAAAAUCAACCGAUGUUUCGGGAGAACAUAUCACCUCCAUCUUUAAGGUCAAAGAAUAAGCCAAGCAAGAAACAAGCAUCAAGCACAUGGCAAUCAGAGAUUUUUCCGGAAUCUACACAUCUGAUCAGCAAGUCUGAGAUUUCUGACAGUCACUUGCCUCCAGGCUCCCGUCACUUAAGGAAAUGGGGGUAAGACGCAUAUGGGAAUUAUUCUCGAGUUACCGAACCAAGUUUCGUCAUGCCUCUUCUUCUCCAUUGGUUCUUUAGGCAGUGUCUUAGCUUCAAAUCCUUCGAUUGUCUAUGGCAUCGAAUACCUCAUUAACUGAUUUAUUAAUAUGCUUGUAAUUAAGACAGCUUUUUGGAAUUCUUCUAGCUUACAUUCUUUGCCCUUGUAAUUAAUUACCCAUUAAUCAGAUAAAAUCAGAUAAAAAAUCAGAUAAAUUCCCUGAAUUUACAAUUUAUUUAACGUCGUAUAAAGGAGCCCAACAGAUAUGACAGCUAAUUAACUAUGGGUAACCGAGCGCUUCCUGAAAAGCUAACAGUUUCUCAUCUACUCAAGAUAUUCCCAGUGCCUUAUGGAGCCCGAAGGUUCAUUUACGUGUUCACAAGAGCCCGCCACUUAUCGCCAUUCUAAACCAGACGAAUUCAGUCUACACUUCAUUCUAUUUGUCUAAAAUCCAUUUUAAUAUUAUCCUCACACGUACAUCUAGGUAUACUUUGUAGUGUCUUUUUCCCACGUUUUCCUACUAGAUCUCUGAAUGCACUUAUAUUUUCUCCUAUUCGUGCUACAAGCUUUGCUCAUCUCGACAUGAUAAUUCUAAUAAUAUCUUUCCGGGAAUAUGAAUUACGAAUCUCGACAGUACACAGUUUUUCCCCAGUCUCUUAUUAUUUCAUCCCUCUUUGGUUUAAAUAUUCUCCUCAGCACCCUUAGUCUAUAUUCUUCCCUUAAUGUGGCAUACAAAGUUUCGUAUCCACAGAAAACUAAACAGAUAUGACAGAUUGAGCCAAAUAAUUUGGACUGCCGUCUUCUGGGUCAUGAAAACGAAGAUAAUGUUUGGUCAGACUGCAUGAUGACGUAACACAAAACACCAGGAUCUGUAUUUUCUCCACUGUGAAAAACCGAAAUCUCAUACUGACCCAAAUAAACCGAAUAACAGCCCAUGUAUACAAAGAGUGGGGGACUUGCGAAUACUGGAACAUUCACUUCGACAAGGAAAAUGGAAGAUUUAUUUCACAGAAUACGAUAACCUUUACCACUGCAUCUUAUUUUUCUUAUCAUAAGAGAAUUUCUCUGAUAAGAUACCACUAUUGACAGUUUCACAUUAUAUACAAAUACCAUUACACCUUCUUACAGGCUGUCUUUACGAUGAUAAUAUUCGCUAGACCAUCUCUCAAUUCUGAAUAUUACACGACUUGAAGACGGAGGCUUUAUGUUCCUCUGAAACGCUGUUACCUAGCAGAUUAUACGGUGUUGUAACGGAAGGUCACGUUUUACAUCUUGAACGCCGUUAUAACCUCAACUCUUAUAUACCUUUCUUUUUAGUUUCUUGGGGUGGGGUGAGACUGAGUCCACUUGGUAGUUCGGCCACAAUUGGCCUACCGUACCAGCCCAGGAUGACAGAUGAUGAUGAUUGUGGAGUAGUCGGUGGAAUGAAAGUUGGCAGGGGAACCGAAGUACUAGGAGAAAACUUACCCCAGUGUCACCUUGUCCACAUCAAAUCCCACAUGAACUAAACUGGGAUCGAACCCUGGUCGCCGUGCUGGGGAGCAAACGACUAAUGGCCUGAGCUUAGUGGCUAAUGGAGGGGGUGGAAGCAAAGACGCACUGCCAGCCAUCCUUAAGAAGAAACAGAAAUCGCAAUGACGCUUUGACGAAUGAACUGUCACAUUCACUUGGCGGUGAUGGAAGAGCGGAAGGUCAGGCAAUGCAUUUGUACUCGUACGUUAAACUACUACUGUAGCACCUUGGUUUCAGUAUAUUGGUUUAGCUAUAUAUUUAGUUCAGUGAAUCCCGAACUAUGGCCCAUCGGAAAGUUUAGCUCUUCGCUAGCUGGGGCUGAAGUUCUUUACGAGCUGGGAUGAAGUGUUCAGCCAAUGGAUUCGAGUAAUAGUGGUACAUUCCAGAAUUUUCAGAAAAAGUAAGAAAAAAAGGAAAUGGAAACAUUUUUUCUCAAAUACAUAUUUCUCGCAAUCUCUUACAUAUAUUGCUUUUUAUUUAUCUUUUGCCUCUGCUAUACAAGUAUAUGAUUUAAUACUGAUUGUUUUAUUGUUAUUAUUAUUAUUGUUGUUCUCCUCAGAACUACCUUAUUCUUUAUGGGUAUUAUUUUUCUUGUUUUUAUUGGCCUUAACAUUUUUUGUUAUUGUGUAAGUUAGAAAUAAUUGUUACACUGUGCUAUUUCCUAUGCCGGUCCUGUGACCGCGGUCUCAUACUUUUCUUUGUUUGUAACGUAAUUAAUAGAAUUACUCUUUGCUGUUUCGGAAAUUGGCCUUGGUAUCGCUUAACCCGGCACAUAAAUAAUAAAGAAGUGGCUUGAAUUAUUGUUAUAAUUAUUAAUUGAGUUAUUAUUAUUAUUAUUA